GUUUAGAACAAGUCAGUAUAAUGGAACCCUGAUCACAGAAUGCAAUUUUGAUUAGGUCAUCCCCUUUGACGUUAUCAGAUUUUCCACAAGUCACUGUUUCAAGUCCAACUCACUCGUUUUAUUAAAAUUAUCCUAUAUAAACACCUCACUUCACUUCCCAAACACAUUGCUCAUUUCAUUCAUUCAAAGUUUCAUACACAAACUCCCUCUCAUAAUAUCAAAGUUCAGACCAAAGUCUCCUACCUCUGCUUCAUCAGUCUAAACCAGAACAAUGAUGCAAAAGGUGUUGAUCAGAGUCACAAUGGUCGACCAAAAGAAAUCUCGCACAAAGGCCAUGCAGAUUGCAGCUACUGUUUCAGGGGUUGAAUCAGUGGCACUAAAAGGGGAUAACAGGGAUCAAUUAGAAAUCAUUGGAGACGGAAUCGACACAGUUGAGCUUGCGAAGCUGCUACGAAAGAAAGUCGGAGGUGCAGACUUGCUGAGCGUAGGACCAGCUAAAGCAGAGAAGCCUAAGGAACCAGCAGCUGCUGCUAAAAAAGCCGAGACUCCCACGGUGCCUAUGCAGGUCUGGGCGUACCCUCAACCUCCUCUUUACCCUGUUUACGAGUUCAGAGAUUCCGAUCCCAACUGCAGCAUCAUGUAAUUAUGGUUCCAAUUUUUGGAUUCUGCGGGAGGACCUGGCUAGGCUUGAUUGAAUAAGAAAAAUUAAGCGGAAAUUUGUUAUGUGUACGCUCAAUGGUAUCUCUGUCGCUGCCUUUGAGUUGAUUAGCUAAAUAAUGAAACGAAGAUAGAAGGAUUUGAGUCGAUUAGCUAAAUAAUGAUAUGAAAUAUCGAAAUAUAAGGAAAUGUAAUAUACAGAUAUCAAAUUUUGCUUCUGAAAUUAAAUUGGAUAAGUGUAACGGAAAUUGUGUUCAGCUUGA